AUGGAGGUGCAAACAGAUUUACCCCAUCUGAAUGAAAUCCUCUCUGAUGAUAUUCUGAGAAAAAUGAAACCAAAGGAAAAGAAACGACAAGAAGUUAUUAAUGAACUCCUCCAUACUGAACGUGCUCACAUGAGAAACAUGAAAAUCCUUGACCAAUUAUUUAAUAAGCCAAUGUUGAAAACAGAGCAUAUAUCCCAGGAGCUUGUGAAAGCAUUAUUCCCAAAUUUAGAAAAAAUAAUUUCACUUCAUCGGGAAUUGAAUGAGGCAAUGAAAACCAGGCGAAAAGAAAGUCCAUUGAUAUCAGGAGUUGGAGACAUUCUUUUAAAAAGAUUUGAUGGAGAAGAUGGAGAAGAAUUUAAAAAGAACUGUGCAAUUUUCUGUAGAAAUCAGUCAUCAGCUCUUGAAACACUUCGGCUAAAACAAAGAAAAGACCAGAGACUUGCUCAGUUUUUAAUGGAUGCUGAAUCAAGUAGUAUGUGUCGGCGUUUACAACUGAAAGAUCUCAUUCCAGCAGAAAUGCAACGCCUUACAAAAUACCGGCUACUGAUAGAAAAUCUGCUGAAAUAUACUACCACCAACACUGAAGAAUACAUGAUGCUUGAAAAGUCACAAAAGCUGAGUAAGCGUAUUUUAGAGUUUGUCAACCAAGCUGUGCAGGACUGUGAAAACCACCAUCGUCUUAGGGAACUGCAAAGACGGUUGGACAAAAGACAGUUUGAAAACCUUCCUGAUAUUGAUGAGGAAUUCAGGAAUUUUGAUUUGACAAAACACAAGUUGAUCCAUGAUGGCUUCCUAACCUGGCAUAUCAACCAGUCACGAAAUAAAACAAUUGAUGUACAUGUUGUGUUACUAGAGGACUUACUAGUGUUCUUGCAGAAGCAAGACGACCGGCUUGUGCUCAAGUGCCAUGACACAACUAUGGUACAGGGUGCUGAACCACAAAAAUAUACACACAGCCCUAUUUUAAAAAUUGGCAAUGUUCUAACAAGAAACGUUGCAACAAAUAAAAAGGGUUUCUUUGUUGUCAAUACAUCAAAUACAGGACCACAAAUUUAUCAGCUUACAGCACCUAGUAUAGAAGACCAGAAGAAGUGGUUCAAAUGCAUACAAAGUGCUACAGAAUUGUAUUUGCAGAAAAAUUCAUCUCAUAGCAAGCUGAAUCCUUCAAUAGGUCCUAGUAGUGCAGCAGCUACAGCAUCCAGUACAGCUGCAUCUACACCCAGCUCGACAGGAACCAGCUCAACAACGACGACGGUGACAACAACAGCAACAACAACAACGACGACGACGUCAGCAGCAGCUGCAGCAGCCCCAGCAGACAAACUGAAUAAGACAGACAGUAUUGAUACAGAACAAAUACAAAACACUUCCACUUUAAAGGAGAAGGAUUCUGAAGAACCUAUUGCAGAUACAAUUGACGGGAUCAGCAGUGUACAGAAAGUUGGUGAGAGUCAGCAGUCAGAAGUUCAUUUUGCAGGUCCUGAGGAUGUGAUAGUAUCUGACGUAUCAUUUGUUGAAGCCGAGUCUGUUCAAUCCCCAGUUGAGAAGCUGCGACGGAAUGAUGACCUCAUCAAACAAGUGCUGAAGGAGAGAGAAAAACUUAUUGCAGAAAUACUCAACAUUCCUUACGAUGAUUACGUUCACAUUGUUGAGAUGGCGUCGGAGGAGACUUGUGCAGAAGAGAGACGGAAGAAGCAGCAACAACAACAGCAGCAGCAGCAGCGGCAGAAUGUGGAUCUCCAGGAGCUGAUACUCCGCCUUAUUGACCAGGCUAAACAACUGACUGAACUCAUAGUCACUAGCACACAGUCACAGGGGCUAGUGGCCAACACCACCACUACAACUACAGAACAUCAUUCAACUGUUUCUAGUCUGUCAGCAGCAGCAGCAAGAGCUGAAAACCAACAAGUGUCAAUUCCUAUCUCAAUGGACAAAUUAAGAGAUAUGUCAAAUAAAUUGAAUACUUUAAUGACCAAUCUGUUGACUGCAAUUCAUGAUGAUGAAAGAAUGAAACUUCGGCAAGAAUUGAAAUCAGCCCAAGAACAGAUAAAACAGUUGCAAGAAACUAAGCGCCUUAUGUGUGCAGCUCCUGCCAGUAUGCCCAGUUCCCUGAGUGUGAGUGCAAGCAGCCGCCCUAACAGUAUGAUCUCUACCACAUCUUCAGCAUCAGAACAGUAUGAAGAAACAGUGCCAGAACAAGCAGAUUUAAUAGAUUCAGAAGGUAGAAAAAUGAUCUUCAGUACCAGCCAAGAGAUGCCACAUUCUUUUCAAAUGUCUGCAAGCAACUCUAUACAACCAGUAGCACCAUCAAAAGAUUCAGCAGAAAGUGAUAAUGAAUCUUUUGAAGAUGUCUCAACAGAAUUGGUAGAGCGGUCAAGUAUUAGUCACAACAGACCAAUAAGUACUGUGGCUGAAACCAUAUGUCAAGCUAAUGAUCUAGUUUCACAGGAUGAUAGUUCAUUAGAAUGUUCAGCAACCCAACUGAAUGCCAGUAGCCUCUCCAGCAGCUGUGAUGACACCAGUUCUGUGCAGGAAACAGAAGGGAUCAGACAACAUCAAUCUACUGAAUUCUCAAAUGCAAAUUUGGAGUCUUUACAAAUCUGA